GCCUUAAGCAUGGCUGUCCUUUGACCAGUGAAGCGCGAUAUUGGCGAUGGCUGACAGACUACAUCGUGCUCUUUCGUCUUCCCUUCUGCAAUGACCGGGUACAAUAGGAUUCUAAUGAAGGCCGUCCAAAUUCUGGCCUUUUGUCCUGAACCCGAAGAUGGCAGAGCCCCUCGCUGUGGGCGAGACUGGGAAUAUUGAAGCUCGCGAAGAGUCUUCGUCGUUAAGCGACAACGACUCAGCAUAUUAUGAUGACGAUACCGAGGCCUCAACCAGGUCCGUCACAUCGAGCAUUUACGACUACGAAACCUCUCACGGGAGGACAUACCAUGCGUACCAUGCCGGGAAGUAUAUACUUCCCAACGACGAGGAUGAACAAGAGAGGUGCGACAUCAUGUACCACGCCGUAAGGCUUUCUGUGGGCAAUAAGUUGUUCUUUGCCCCUCUGGUCACGGAACCAACUUGUGUCCUCGACAUUGGGACAGGGACGGGGUUGUGGGCCAUUGAACUGGCGGACGCAUAUCCAGGCGCACAAGUGAUCGGCACAGAUCUGAGUCCAAUCCAACCAAGUUAUGUGCCGCCCAAUCUGCAGUUUGAAAUCGCCGACGCCGACGAGGAGUGGACGUUUCGCCAAAGAUUCGACCUCGUCCACUCACGCGUGAUGAAUGACACCUCUUUGAAAGACUGGCCUCAUUUCUACCGAGAAGCGUAUAAAGUACUCCAGCCCGGUGGCUGGGUCGAAUCGCAAGAAUUCAGCUACAAGCGGUACUCGGACGACGGGAGCCUGCCCGCCGACUCCCGCCUUACCUACUGGGAGGACUUGUGGACCGAAGGGAUCAACAAGAUGGGCCACACGGGCCACUGCGACCCCGAACUGGUGAUGCAGCAAAUGCGUGACGCUGGCUUUGUCAACGUCACAAGGCUGAACUUCAAGAUGCCCAUUGGGCCAUGGCCUAAAGACAAGAGACUCCGCGAGGCAGGCUUGUUCGGCUACGCCAACUUGAUGAACGGUCUUUUUGGCCUUAGUAUCAAAGUCUUCUCGCAGCUGCUGGGUUGGCAGGUCGAGGAACUCGAGGUCUUGCUGGCAGAGUGUCGGCAAGAGUUACGAAGGAGGGACAUCCACGGGUAUUGGCCCAUGUAAGUCUAUUCCCUCUACUGGUAUUCACCUUGCAGCAUUACUUGGCAUGUCACAAGGUGCACACUCAGCGUCAGUGUCUUCGUCCCUGUUGAUGCACACGAAAAGAUGCAUCCGUACAGAUCCUGACGCCGUCUUAUCCCAGCUACAUCAUGUUUGGUCAGAAGCCCCCAGACCCCGGCGGUCCCGGUGAUUGAACUGUGGUUGCGUUCUGCUAUCCCGAACUGUUAUCGAGUCUGUCAGCGAAAUCCCAGUCAACUCGCAUAUGCUGGCUGAAAUCUCGACAUACGAUAUAGCAAUCUCGACAAAUGAUUUAGUCCAACCCCCGCAAAACCGAGCGGGAAUGCGUCAGAAGCCCAUUUUCAUCUGCGAAUGAGCAGGGGAUAUUGGAGACCCUCGUUAAGGGCAUUCUUUGACGCUGGGUUUCAGUUUUGAUCCACAUGACUGUCGCUAUCAUGCGCAUCUAUCGGCUUGGGUUGAAUCCGGUCGGUCUCUGAGGGAAUGACAAGGGGAUGAAGUAGAGGAAUGAUGCGGGUAAAAGUUGCAAAUGAGUCUCUCCAUUUGUUUACUUUCUUACUUUCAUUUUACCAGAGCAGGCGAAGCAAAGUAAUGUCACCUGGUCAUGAUCGCCGACUGCGCGUUUGGUAUGUAAC